UUUUUUUGUCAUAAAUUCAACAUCACUUUAGAUUAAUGAUGUUUUAUUACCUGCUUUUGUAUAAAACAAUAUUAAGUACUAAUGAUAAAAAAAACUCCCAACUGUCCUAAAAUUAUAAUAGUUAAAAGUAUCAAAUUAAAGCUUUAAAAGUCACACAUAAGUGAAAAUGGUGUACCGUGCACACAUUAAUAUUAAUAUCAGGACUAAUUUAAUACCUCAUAUGUAAUACUUUAAUAUUUAAUCCUCUUUUUGUUGUUGUUUUGGUCAUUCAAAAAAGCCCUGAAUCAAAAUAGCUUUAUUAAAAAAAAGAUUAAAGUAAACUAAUCACAAACAUAUGAAAAAAUAAAAAUAAAUCUUGAGUAAAAUAUAUUUCUCAGUAAGUAGAAUUAGAUUCAUGGAAUGACUACAUGCAUGGCCACAUGCGAUCAUAUUUUUAUAAUCAUAAAUCAAAAGUUGAAGUAAAAAUGACUUUCAGUGCAUACUACAUAGUAACAUCCUUUGCAUAUUUUGCAUUCAAAUGUUAUGGGGAACAAACAUUUGUUAAAUCAGUGUUUUUAAAUAGAUAAAAUGUGACGAGCAAUGCAUAUUAUUCCUUUAAAUAACAGUACUGUGGUAGUACUUAAGAAGAGUGAUUUAUCAGGUCUUAAUAACAAGGUAUUUCAGUACAAACCAUGAAUUAUUAUUGUAUUCAUAUACUAUGGUAUUUUAAUGAACUUUCAGGAAUACCACAAUAUUACGUGGUUCCUAGAAUUUCUGACCAAUUUCCAGUCAAAAAAAGUGAUUUUUCAAUAUGACUUCAUGUGGUUGUGAGAAACGUGUCACUUUUAUAAACUGUAUCGUUAUCUACACAAUGUUACUUCCGUUUAUCUUUUUUUUUUUCUCUCUCCUAUCCAUAGGCAACCCAUCUGACUCAAAGUAAACGCAAACCUGAGACGGAGUAAUAAACUCAUCCAGAUCCGUGAGGAGCGAGCUGAAGCACUCCUAUUUAUAUUCCUGUGAUGCGAUUGGCAGGGCUCUGUGAAUGGCUUCUAAACUGUCCAAUCUCAGGCCACUUGGAAGCGGCUCUGCCCAAUCAAAGCACAGAGUGAGAGGCUAAGGGCGGGACUCACCUGUCACUUCUUGUUAUCGAUUCUGGGUCCAAGUUUUUGCAUUUCACGAGAUAGGCUAGAAACAUUUUAAUAUAUGUUUCAGUUUAAGAUAAAGUACUUUCAAAUAAGACCCAAAUUAAAAGACAUCUUUGUAAAAAUAAAAAAGGAGAGAGAGAAAGAGAGAGACAGAGAGCUUUUUUCAUUAAAAUGAUGCGAAAAUAUAAUACUGUACUGGACAUUGGACUUGCUAUGUACGGUUGGUGUUGUAACUAGUCAUAAUAUCUUAAAAAAUAAGGAUAUUACAUAGUCCUUGACAACAUAAAAACCGCAUGUAAAAUCAUUAUACAAUAAUUAGAAAAUGCUGUUGGAGAUUAAAUAUAUCGUGUAACACAGCAGGACUUCGCUGUCACUUCUUGACAGUUUAUGACAACUAUCAAAAUGUAUUUUUGUGCGUAUUUAUAUGCGAUGUUACUUCUGCCCUGUAUUCGACGUACUAAACAUCACGCGCCGUAAAGCGUCGACGUGACGCGCACCUUUACUUUAACUGUCACGCUCACGCUCCUCUCCUUCAGGUGCACAAACGUCUGCCAACCAUCUGUCAUUGAAAAUUAUCAAUGCAAAUAUACUAUUGUAAGCACGACACGUUAAACAGGUUGAACUUGUCUCGUUUUUCACACAAAUACACUUGCUGCAGCAUUAAACUGCACACAGAAGUAAUCCUGAGUCUGCUUACAAAGUCUUUUACCUGAAGGAUUAAUGUUCUUUAGCAAAUUUCGUAGGUCACCUCCGAGUUCAACACCUGCCUUAAUAUCUAUGCCAUUCUAUCCCAUUCACCUGCAGAAAAGCAAACAUGAACAAUCAGAAGUUUAUUAGGUUGCUCAUCGGCUGCUUGGUGAUCGUUGCCAUGAUGAAAUAUUUCUUUAGUCCCAGCUCGAACAAAGACACAAGUCACAAGACCCACCAAAUCAUACAAGGAGGUAAAUUCUGGGCUAGCCAGCGUGUCCCACAGCCGAAUUUGGUUCAUAUUCAGCAGGAUCCUGUCAAAAAAGAACAUAAAGACAACACAGAGGUUCAGCCAGAGAAAAAAGAGAAGAUCCAAUCAAACCAAGAGGAGUCAGAACCAGGAAUUCCUGAUGAUACGCACACAGAUUCAUUAAAAAUCGUGCACUUAGAUCUGAAAGGUGCUGCACCCAAAGUCAAAUACCUCGAACAGAUAUUCCCUCUACUGUCCUCUCUGGGCGCUAAUGGGAUAUUGCUGGAAUAUGAGGAUAUGUUUCCUUAUGAAGGGGAACUCAGUAUUCUCAAAUCUAGCUUUGCAUACAGUCCUGAAGAUAUAGAGGAAAUGAAGUCUCUGGCCAAACGGCACACGCUUGAACUGAUUCCUCUGGUGCAGGUGUUCGGACACAUGGAGUUCGUCUUGAAACACGAGAAGUAUUUCAAAUUGAGAGAAGUGGAAACAUUUCCCAAUAGCCUAAACUCUCUGGCCCCAGGAAGCCUGGAUCUCGUUCAAGACAUGCUGACGCAGGUUAUGAAGAAGCACCCAGAAGCAAAGUGGUUCCACAUCGGUGCCGAUGAGGUACGUGGCCUGGGCGAAAGUGACGAUUCGAAGCGCUGGCUGGAAGCCAACAAUAAAGACACGGGGAAGCUUUUCCUCAAUCAUGUGACCUCAGUCGGGAGAUUUAUCACCAAACUGAAUCAAGGAAUCAAGUUGAUCUUGUGGGAUGACAUGCUUAGGAAGGUUAGCUCCGACACCAUCAAAGAAUCGGGUUUGCGAGACAUUGCAUCGCCAAUGAUAUGGAAUUACAUCCCGAACAUGGAUGUGAAAGAGAUUGGUAGCUAUAUACAGAAGUAUGAGCAGGCUGGAUUCAAGGGUGUGUGGUUUGCUAGCGCUUUUAAAGGAGCCUCUGGAAUUGACCAGAGAUGGACUCCAAUCAAUCACCACUUAAAAAACCACCUCCAGUGGCAGAAAGUCAUUGAAUCCAUGCCGCAGUACAAGUCUGUGAGAUUCCAAGGCAUUGCUCUGACUGGCUGGCAGAGGUAUGAGCAUCACACUGUGCUGUGUGAGCUUCUCCCAGUGGCCAUCCCUUCUCUGGCUGUCUGUCUUCAGACACUGAAAUACGGAUCAUUUGAUGCCAAGGCACAGAAGGAGGCUCAGCGCUUCCUUGGAUGUCAGGUUGAGCUGAGCAAAAACGAGUGUAAGGGUGCUUCCUUUCCUGGCUCAGAUGUUUAUGAAAUGGUGCAGAAGGUCCACAAUAACCUUGAGAGUUCAGUUAAAAAGAUCACGGAAAGCUACCAUGUCAAAGGAUCAUUCAGCAAAUAUCAUCGCAAACACAACUUUGCAAACCCUCGAAAUCUUGCAUUUUUCAAAAAUGAACUGAAAAAAUUGAUGGAUGAAUGGGAUUCCUUUUUAUUGACUUUCCGGCAAAGUAUGGUGGCAAUCUUCUACCCAAACACUUUAGAGGAGUGGAUGGAAGAGAAUGUCAACGAACACAUAGAAAGACUUCAUGAGAUGGUGGUUGAUGUAGAACGAAUCAUAAAACUCAAUGGACAGCCAAAGGAGGAUCCUUCGAAAAAGAGGUGAAACAGACAAGUGGACCAACAGGAAGAACAUUCCAUAUAGUGACAACAUUAAUAAAAGUUUCACAGAAGUUCACUUAUUACACUGUGUAUGCACUUCUUGAAGAAGUGGAUUUACAACACUACACACUGAUACAUUUAAUUAAUCUGUUUUUCAGCUGACUCAAAAUGAUGUAAAUUAUUUGCCUUUGCAGGUACAUUGGUUCAGGUAAUGUGUUUUUAAAAUUAUAAUUAUUAUAAUUAUUAUUAUGAAUGUCUAGGGAUGGAACACAAUCAUCAUUCAUUUCUUUGACACGCAAAAUGUAUUUUGUACAUUUGUACGUUUGAGGAGCACAAACAGCUCUGUACAAUUGCAAAAUGUGGAAUCGCCAAAGUCGAUUAAAGAUACUUUGCAUGUUUCGUGCUAUAUCACUAUUACAGAUAUAGUUCUGCAUUAGCUAUAGAAGCAUUUACUACUCAAAACAUUAAAACGGGAAACCUGCUGGCCAUGGAGCUUGUGUUACUUUUACAGUAGCUAACAGUGCUAAUAACAGUUUUUCUGUGGGGUUUUGUGUCUGCGUGUGUGUUUGCAACUUAAAAUAAAAGCUUUUUUGUACUUGUACA